AUGCCACCCCUCGACUUCUUCAUCUCACAGUGGACGCCGCUGCCCACCGCUCCCAUGGGCCCAGUGCUCAAGGGCAAGACGGUCGUCCUUACUGGCGCCAACUCUGGUAUCGGCCUCGCUGCUGCUCACCAGCUGGCCGCCCUCGAGCCCGACAUGCUCAUCCUCGCCUGCCGCAACAUCAAGACCGGCGACGCUGCACUCGCGUCGGUCCUGAAGCAAUCGCCGAAUGUCAACGCGGCCGUUUGGGAGCUCGAUCUCGCGUCGUUUGAGAGUGUCAAGGCAUUUGCCAUCCGUGCGAAUGAUGAGCUCGACCGUGUCGACCUCGCGAUUCUCAACGCUGGGAUCAGUCCCAACCGCACUGCCCCGAUGAAGGCGACCGGCGACGGCCACGAGGUCACUCACCAAGUCAAUGUCCUCGCAACCACAUUGCUGGCUCUGCUACUCACCCCGGCCCUUCAGCGCAGCGCAGCCCCUCACCUCGUCAUCACCUCGUCAGAGGUUCACGGUUGGGCUGACUCGUCGCCCAUCGCUGCUCCUCUACACGCCGGCCGCUCAAUCCUGGCCGACUUUGACGAGGUGGCACUAUACAACAGUCAGGAGCGAUACUUCGUCUCCAAGCUGCUGCUGCAGCUUGUCGUUCGUCGCCUUAUCCCAGCCCUGCCACGCGUCGUCAUCACGUCGGUCAACCCGGGGAUGUGCUUGACCAACCUCAUGCGUGACGUCAACUUGUCCUCGCUCGCCGAUCUGCUCGAGGUGCUGCCAUUCGCGCCGAUGAUGCCAUUCAUGCGCGGCGCAGGCCGUGGCGCUGCCAUGCUCGUCCUGGCGGCUAUCGCCGAGGAGAGCGCAGAGUACUGGCACGUCGGCGUAGCUUCGGCUGCCCCGAGCGUGUUCAUGGCUACUAUGAGCGGGAUGCGCGCCUGCGACCAGUACUUUGCUGAGGUGUGCGCGCUAUGCGAGAAGCUCGCACCUGGGUGCACGGAGGUGCUAGAACUGCCGCGCUCUCUCGGGAGCGUGUCAUGA